UUUUGUUUGUACUGAUAAUUCUUAUCAAUUCAAUUUUGAUAAUUAUUAAUUAAUAAUAUUUAGUGUGGAUGUGUGUCUUUGCAACAAUAAUGAUUUAAUUCAUUGUUUUUAAUUUUCAAUUUAUUAUUAUCGAAUUUCCGUAAUAUUAUACAAUUAUUUAUGUAGAUUUUAAUUAUGAGCAUGGACCGUGAUUAUGCACCGCUUAGUGCUGCGUGCGUUCGGGCAUUGAACGAUAAAAUGUAUGAUAAGAGAAAAGCGGCAGCGCUGGAAAUUGAAAAGAUGGUUAAAGAAUUUGCGGCUGUCAACAAUUCUAUGCAAAUACGACGGUUGUUAAAAGUGUUAGGACAAGAUUUUUCAAUGUCAAAAAAUGCUAACACUAAAAAAGGAGGACUUAUUGGACUUGCUGCUAUGGCUGUUGGACUGGGAAAAGAUUCUGUAAAUUAUAUUGAUGAUUUAAUUAUACCAAUAUUGGUAAAUUUGAAUGAUGCUGAUUUAAAAGUUCGAUACUAUGCCAGCGAAUCACUAUAUAAUGUUUCUAAAGUGGCCCGCAGUGCUGUUUUAAAACAUUUUCCUGACAUUUUCAAAUCUUUAAGUAAACUGGCCACUGAUCCUGAUCAAAAUGUUAAAAAUGCUUCUGAGCUUUUAGAUCGUUUAAUGAAGGAUAUUGUUACGGAUAAUUCAAACAUUUUUGAUCUUGUUGGCUUCAUACCAUUGCUUCGAGAGCGCAUUUAUACAGAAAAUACUUUUGCUAAGCAAUUCAUAAUUUCAUGGAUUACUGUCUUAGAUGAUGUCCCUUCAAUUGAUUUAGUGAUAUAUUUACCAGAAAUUUUGGAUGGAUUGUUUAAAAUGUUGUCUGAUCCUACAUUUGAAAUUAAAAAAAUGUGUGAUGCUGUGUUAAAAAAAUUUUUAGAUGACUUACGUCAUAAUCCUGAAAAAGUGAACUAUACAGAUAUGAUAAAUACUAUUGUUAUUUAUUCAUAUUCUACUGAUGAAUUCGUUCAAUUUACAGCAAUGUGUUGGAUAAAAGAAUUUAUUGACAUGUACGGUUCAAACAUUUUACCAUUUGCAUCUAAUAUUUUAAAAGCUUCAAUGGCAUCAAAUUCGAAUCAAGAUAUUGAAUCUCAAAUACGUAUCAAACAAACAGCUAAAUUAGUCAAUUCAACAUUAAUGGAGCUAAUUAAUGGUAUAGAAGAUAAUACUGAUGUCAUAGAAAAAUAUGAAGAAGGAAAAAAUUUAGAUCUUGCAUCAGUUAUUACUGUGCUUACUAAAGAAUUGGGUGGCUCUACAAUUGAAACUAAAAUUACAGUAUUAAAAUGGAUUUACCAUUUAUUUAUUCAUUUACCAAAUAGAAUACUUAUGUAUAUGGAAUCAAUAUUUCCUUUAUUGUUAACUACAUUAUCAUAUCCUAAUGAAGAAGUUGUGCAAAACGAUUUAAAAGUUAUUGCAAAAAUAAUUUCUCCGUCAGCCGCUCAAACAAACAAUAAACAGUAUUUUGACCAAUUUAUUUUAAGUUUAUUGAAACAAUUCAGCUGUGAUCGAACAUUAUUAAAAGACCGAGGACAGUUUAUUAUAAGACAAAUAUGUGGUUUAUUAAAUUCAAAUGAUAUUUACCGAACAUUAUCUACAUUUCUCUUGGAGGAGACUAAUAUGAAAUUUGCGUCUGUGAUGAUAGGAACAUUGAAUACAAUAUUGUUGACAUCUCCUGAACUUUAUGAUCUGCGAACUCAGUUGCGAGAUGUUGAAAAUCAAGAAAACCGAGAAAUGUUUUUGUGUUUAUUUCGAACAUGGUGUCAUAAUCCAGUGGCUGCAGUAGCACUGUGUUUACUUACUCAAAAUUAUUUUCUUGUUUGCAAGCUGUUACAGACAUUCGCAUCGAUGGAUGUUACUAUUGAUUUGCUUAUUGAAGUAGAUAAAUUAAUUCAGCUAUUGGAAUCACCAAUAUUUAUAUAUUUGAGAAUGGAGCUCUUGGAAGAACCAGUAAAUCAGUAUUUAAUCAAAGCACUGUAUGGACUUUUGAUGAUAAUGCCUCAAUCAGAUGCUUUUCAUUUACUGCGACACAGGUUGAAGUGUGUUCCUCAUUCAAGAAUGGGAUCUGAAAUGCCAGCCAGUGAAAAUGUUGAAAAAGAUUUCAAAGGAAUGUUUGACACAAGUACAAUGUUAAAUCAUUUUACUACACUACAAGAAAAACAUAGGAAUUACCGAAUAAAUACCAAUUCUAUUCAGCAGAUUGAUAAAGCUAUCGCCAAAAUUGAUAUACAAUAGUUAUUAUUACAUUAUUACCGUUCAAUUUAUUACAUUAUAUUAUAUUAUUUCAAUUUAUACAUGUUAUUUUGCCAUUUUAACCUUUUAAACAAAGACCAAUAUUUGUUAUUAGUAUUUUAUUU